AUGGCACGAAAACCAUCGCCAAACCCCUCCAAAACAUCGCAACCAACAAUUAUAAACGAUGAACAUUUACAAUCGUUUACUCAAGAUAACUUUGAGAACGAACUCAAAGCUUUAGCAUCAAAAGCCCAAGAAGAGACCACAACCAGAUUUCUCUUAUCUCAACUUUGGGUCUUGGCUCAAUCAGCUACCCUCCUCUCACUUGCCGCGAUAUAUUCAAAUGUUUCUCAACUCACACUAUCUCCAGUCUAUGGAUCAUAUCCAGCUGGAAUAUGGCAUUCAAAAGGAGUCAUGACGGCCUGCUUCUUAGGGUGGUCGUCAAAUCUAUUCAUCAGACGUUAUAUUCCAAUCAGGAAACCCGUUCAACUUCUCCCCAUCAUUGCGGCCUAUAUCCCAAUGGCCCAAUAUUUCCUCUUCAAAUUAAGUGGUUAUAUGGGAGCUAACCUUGGACCUCCUAUUACGGAAGGGCUGACAUUUCUUCCUUUACUCAUCCUUUCCGUCUCGUGUACUGCCACUACAUUUGACGGUUUAGAACUCACAUCUGGUCGAUGGCCUUGGAUAUCCGAUGCUGCACCCGGUAUAAUAUCAUAUGCUUUCUUCAAGACCGUGGAGUAUGUAUCCGCAAACCAGAUUUCUCGAUACGUAGGCCAAUCCAUCAUCUUCACACGUCUUGGAAUGCAAAUUGUACUCCAAGUUCUGUAUUCCGCUUUUGCACCUUCGAAACUCCUCCUUUGGAUACUACCAGCAGUAUUCCACACGGCACUAUUCAAUGUACAUGUUCCAACGCCUUAUGCUAUAGGCCAGCUUAAUAGUACAAUGAAUGCUCAAGGCUGGUCUAUUCUCGAACGAAAAGAAUCUCUCACUGGAUAUGUUUCCGUUAUUGAAAGUUUGACCAUGGGUAAUGGGUUCCGCGCUAUGCGCUGUGAUCAUAGUCUCUUGGGAGGAGAAUGGUUGGUCAAUGGGAAGAAGGCUAAAGGGCUUGCUGAGCCUAUUUAUGGAAUCUUUGUAAUGCUGGAGGCAAUACGUUUGAUUGAAGUAGAAAAGCCGAUCAAGGACGAGGAUGCUAGUGCUUUGGUCAUUGGUCUCGGUAUUGGUACCACGCCGGCUGCUCUGAUAUCCCAUGGAAUCCAUACUACUUUGGUAGAGAUCGAUCCCGUUGUGGUAGAUUUUGCUCAGAAGUAUUUCUCUCUUCCUGAGCCUCAAGAAACUAUCAUCGAUGAUGCUGUAUCCGUUGCAUCGAAUUUCGCUGCCCAGGGAAAGAAGUUCAAUUACAUCGUGCAUGAUGUAUUUACAGGUGGAGCUGAGCCCGUCGAAUUGUUCACAUAUGAGUUCUUGAAGGAUCUUCAUGAUGUCUUGGAACCUGGCGGUGUCAUUGCUAUUAACUAUGCUGGAGACUUCCUUCUUCCCCCUUUCCUAAUAAUUCACCGGACCAUCCGCUCCCUCUUUCCUACCUGUCGUAUCUACCGCGAAGCAGAAGCCCCAACAGAUCAACACAUUGCCGAGACCGGACAAGAUUUCGCCAAUAUGGUUAUCUUCUGCACCAAAUCUCUUUCUGAAAUUCCCUCCUCUUCUCUUUCUCCAACGAUCAAGUUCCGCAAGCCCGUAGAGAAAGACUUCUUGAAGAGUAACGCGAGAAGAGCAUUCCUAUUGCCAAAGUGGGAAAUAGAAGAUGAAGAAUUAAGAAGGGGGGAGGAGAAGGGCGAAGAAGAGUUUGCUGGAGUACUGAGGAGGAAUGAGACGGGAAGGUUGGCGGAGUGGCAGGUUAAGAGUGCGAAGGGGCAUUGGGGGGUUAUGAGGGGGGUGUUGCCUGGGGGUGUUUGGAUUGAUUGGUAG